AAACGGCUCGUAUAUUCAAGUUAUUUGUUAUGUUUCAAAAACUUCAUAUUCUCAAAAUUAUUUUAAGAGUAUAUUAUCACUAUAAAAUGAAAUAUGUCUAUAAAAUAUUUUUGUUCCCAAACUAUGUUUGAAUUAGAAUAAAAGUACGCUUUGAUGUAUAUCCAAACGGUGAAUAUUGAUAGAUAAUGAAAAUAAUAACAAACGUCAUCCUGUGGUAGAUUGUCCCGAUUGUCCGGAAAAGAACCUGAUUCUUCUACGAUUUAUGUUAUCGUUUGAUCCAAUAAAAUCCCUGAGAUCAAGCACCAUGCUUUGAAGAAAGACUUUUCUCAACAUGGACUCUCUCGGGCCAUGCAUUUGAGCUAUUGUUCUUAUAUUCCGAGGAGGAACAUUGAGCGCGGUUUACGAUUGAUCAGCUGUACGUGGACCACAUCAGCUGUGACCCGCGCAAGGUACCGUCGGCCGUCUUGAGACUCCCGCUGCGGUCACCUACUUACCUUGAGUCUGCACCAAACUCGCUGAGCUGGCAAGAUGGCUUAUCAAUCACCAAGUAAACGGCCGGCUGCCUCGUCUCGAGCAGCCGGUGUUUCAGUUAAAGCUCAGCCUGUCAGUGACAAGUCAUACAUGGCCACCGUGGUAGACUUUCUUCAAGAUGCCUACAGCGGAAAUAAGGCAGAGGACAAAGACAAGAUUCUCUGGGUGAAAUUUGAGCGGAUGUGCUCCCCAAGAGGGCAUGUGUCCAGUCCGUACUACAUCAACCAGGAGGGGUUGGAAGAACCAAUAUUCCUAGCUAUAGGCUACACCAACGGCGUUCAAAUAUGGAGUAUUCCUCCAAGCGGUGAUGCCCAGGAGGUUUUGUCUCUACGUCAGGGUCCUGUGAGAAUACUGCGUAUUCUUCCCACGCCCUAUGUCACCGCUAUCAGUAACCAUCAGCAGGACAAGCGACCAUUGGUGGCACUGUGUGAUGGAGCAAGGUACUCCAGUCAGCCAUUUUGUUCAGUGAGCCUGUUGUCUCUCAAGACAGGCGAGCAAGUCCACAAUAUCUCCUUCAAGACACCAGUAUGCGAUGUCCUCGGCAACAGAAGACUGAUCGUGGUAGCGUUGCAGGAGAAGGUGGCAGCGUUUGAUGCCGUUUCCUUCAAGAGCCUGUUCUGCAUCACCAGCUGCUAUCCCGCCAGCUCGCCUAAUCUCAACCCGCUUGCCUUGGGCACACGAUGGCUCGCCUACGCUGACAGGAAGCUGAUACCCACCCAUCAGAGUGGUGGUGGAGUUUGCAGAGAGACCAGCCAGUCAUACAAAGCCACUGUCAUUCAUGCCGCUAAGGCAAUUACUAAAGGCAUAACAGCUUUCAGUGAGUCCCUCGGAAAAUUGGCUACCUCCAAACUCUCCACUUCCCCACCCAGACAGGAGAGUCCAGUGGACAAACCCAGUGCCGCACCUCUGAAUAUCAAGCAUGGCACCCCAGGAGUGGUGACUAUCAUUGACACUGGCUCAGUGGAAGGGGAGUUUAAUGUCACCGAGGAAUCAAGCGGUGAUGGCAUCAUGGCUCACUUCCCAGCUCACAUCAAUGAGUCCAUAUCAGCACUGGCCUUUGACCCCAGUGGUACUCUGCUCUUCACAGCGGGGUCACAAGGUCAUAGCUUUCAUAUAUUCCGCAUCAUGAAUCACCCUUGCUCCUCCGGUCUGGGUGCGAUUCAUCACCUCUACACACUGUACAGGGGCGACACAGCAGCCAAGGUGCAAGACGUGUCGUUCACCAACGACAGCCGCUGGGUAGCUGUUAGUACAAUGCGAGAGACAACGCAUGUGUUUCCCAUCACUCCAUACGGAGGCCCAGUGAGCUCAAGAACUCACACCCCAGCCAAGAUAGUCAACAAAGAAAGUAGGUUCCACAAGAGUGCUGGAUUGGAUGAAUUGGUCGAUACAGGACGAGGUAGCCCAGUGCAUGGGCUGUCAGAAAGCCCAACAUCUUCAGGUUUCCACUCUCCAGAGCCCAUCUCAUCCCUUGGUCACUCAGGAGCCCUCACCAGUGCAGCUGUUAGUAACCCCCGUCUGCCCCCUUAUCCUCCCCCCGUCACCAUUACCCCGUUGGUCCAAAUUAAGCAGCCGGCCAUCCUAGCCUCGGUGGGUGCUGUGGCUGGGAUGACAGGCAGUGCCUCUCGGCCUCGGAGCGCCUCCUCUCAGACGGCCGCCGUGAGUGACUACGUCUGCAUCAGCACCUGCUUUGCGAGCUCCAGAGCUCACUUUGUAACUAGCUCCAAGGGGACCAGAGAGAAGAACGAUGGCAGUAUUAAGCAGACAUCAGUGGACUCUCUCUUCAUCAUGGGUUGCCAUGGCAACUUGGUGGAGCACUAUCUGGAGCCCAAGACAUUGCAGACGAGCGGCAGAAAAAUUGAGGAUAACGCUCUGGAGCUCAGUGUCACUGAGCACGCUCACUGGAGCCUACAAAGGGGCAUGAAUUGGUCAGAACGCCGCCCUCCAUUGAGUGGAUUCAACCAUCUACUAAUAACCAAUGAUGCUAAACACACAAUAGCCAAUACAGCAGGAUCGAUGCUUACUUCAGUUCCGAGAAGCGAGUCAUCAGACAGUAUCCGCUCAGCCCACAGCAGUCCUGACAGUGACUUUGAUGAGCCCUGGCUAUCUCAGGUGGAGAUGGUGACCCAUGCUGGUCCUCAUAGACGCCUCUGGAUGGGACCCCAGUUCAAGUUCAAGACGGUUCCCCAACCCAGCAGUACCACGGUGUUGUCCUCCACGUCAUCUGCGUUACUGUCGGAUGGACUGGAGACCAACCGGACAGCCAUGGAAAUGACACAAGAUGACUUGGAUCUCAAACCCUUGAGGAUUCAACCACUGAGGUCAGACCCUGUCCCGACCCCCCAGCUGAGGUCCUCUGAGGGGUCAUCUCAAGCCCUGGCAUCCAGCCAAGAAGCAUCUUCAUUGCCGACAUGUAUAGAGUACGGCUCAGAUGCGAAUAAGGCUAGCCAAAGGGUCAAAACAAAGAGUCUUGACGGUGGGGCAGCAAAGCCAGACACGAUGAUAGACCCAGAGACAGACAGGCAGGCGCAGACCAAGGGCAGGCGCAAGAAAAAGAAGAAAGGGAAGAUUGGGGUGAAGGAGAGAGAAACGGCGGAGGUGCUGUGGACAAAGGCUGAGUGUGACCCUCAGGAGACUAUAGAGACAUUAAAUAGCCCAGACAAACAGGAGUUAAGCAGGGUAGAGAGCAAAGGAGCAUUUGAUCAGACGGUUAAUUUGCUAGAGGUCAGUUGUGGUAGUUGGCCCGAGAACAGCUACCAGCGAAGUUCAGAGGUUGUGGAAGAGAGACUAAGGCAAACCAUUGCUGAUGCGAUGGCGGAAUCGCCCCUGAUGAGCCACACUCAACCAAGCAGACACAAAGAGAGGGAGGUUUUACUUGACCACCCCGACCAGCUUAGUUCCAGCGCAGGAUCCGCAGAUAGUGCUGUCCACUCCUAUGAGGCACGUGGUUCCCCGGCUCACAGCAUGGAUCACAUACUGGUAUUCCCCCCAGCCAGUGGGUCACCAGACUCCAACUGAACUCCCCCCCCCACACACAUGUGCAUCACAUCUCUUCUUACUGUUGCACAUCACUGCCAUUUCAUUGCUAUUGGCCUUCCUAAAGUCUCUUUCCUAGUAAUGUACAGUUCAUGCGACAGGAUCGCACUGCUGUAACUUGUAAGUGUGGUCUCUUGAUCUUGUUAAUUGCAGCAUAUAACUUGUGGCAGUGGUCUCUAUGUAAUUAGAAAAACACCUGCUUUACGAGUUAGACUGUAUUCCGUUAACAACUUGCCCAUAUGUAUCAUUUCAAUUGUCUUAAGAGCCUGCCAGCAGGUGAUACCCAGCAAACAGGUCACUCGUCUGUCCAGCCAUGCUUGGACCACUUUCGUUGCCAUGUAAAAAGAGAGAAAAGAUAUGGUGUACUAAAAGCAGGACCUAUGUCCAUGGAACGUCCACCAGAAAAUUCGCUUUAAUAGUGACGUACUAAAUACAUGUGUGAUGGGAACCGGUUGAGAGCAGUAUAAAUCCUAAGACACAUUGAUAGGUAACGUUGUCUUCGCUAAAGCAAACUCAUCCCCUUCUGUGUCCAGUGAUAUGAAGAUGUAAAAUCUGUUGAGUUGGAAACCUUUUCUUUUAACCGGGGACUAAUGGGAUUUAUUAGUGAGAUGUUCAUAUUCAAUCACGUUCCCUGAAUCCACUUUACUGACUGAACACUCCAAAACAGAAAGGAGCCUGACUAUUCUGCUAUAUUUCCAAGUAUAGCUCCACUCUGAAUUUUUUUUUUUCCAUGUGGAAAAUAAAGGUGACAUGAUUUUUUUUCCCAUAAUUCAUUAAUACCUCA